AAACAAACCCGUCAAAGUUGGCCUUUUUGUGGUAAUUUCGCAAAGUUUCUUCUCCAUGAUUUUGCUCUCGCGGAUUAUUUUACUCUUUCGUUUUGAAUCUCUUUUCUGCAUUUAGCCAAGUGGAAGAAAAAUCUAGUUCUGUUCUUUCAUCACUUUACCUCUUCUUUCAGUCUUCUUUAAUUGUUUGCUUCUAUAGCUUGUUAUUCAAAAUUUUGAAACUUGUAGUGUUUUUUUCAACCUGGGUAUUCAAUGUUCUCUGGAUUAAUGUUCUUCCGUUUGGUGCUGAAUCGUUUUUACUCUUCUAAUUUUAUAAUUUCAUCUAAUGCUCUUAUUGCCCGGUAUUCUCGAUUGGGUCAAAUCGAGAAGGCUCGGGCUGUGUUCGAUGAAAUGCGUGACAAAAACAUCAUUUCAUGGAACUCAAUUGUUGCUGGCUACUUUCAGAACAAACGGCCUCAGGAAGCCCAGAACAUGUUUGAUAAAAUGUCUGAGAGGAAUACUAUAUCUUGGAAUGGUUUGAUUUCUGGGUAUAUUAACAAUGGGAUGAUCAAUGAAGCUAGGAAAGUGUUUGAUAGAAUGCCUGAGAGGAAUGUUGUUUCGUGGACUGCAAUGGUUAGGGGGUAUGUGAAGGAGGGUAUUAUUUCUGAGGCAGAGACACUUUUUUGGCAAAUGCCUGAAAAGAAUGUAGUAUCUUGGACGGUGAUGUUGGGUGGCCUUAUUCAAGAAGGACGGAUGGAUGAGGCUUGUAGGCUUUUCGAUAUGAUGCCUGAGAAGGAUGUGGUGACACGAACUAAUAUGAUUGGAGGAUAUUGCCAAGUAGGCCGUUUAGUGGAAGCUCGUAGGCUUUUCGAUGAGAUGCCUUGCCGGAAUGUCGUGUCAUGGACUACGAUGAUAACAGGAUAUGUGCAGAACCAACAAGUGGAUAUUGCUAGAAAGCUGUUUGAAGUCAUGCCAGAGAAAAAUGAGGUUUCAUGGACUGCUAUGCUGAAGGGCUACACCAAUUGUGGGCGGCUUGAUGAGGCUUCAGGACUUUUUAAUGCAAUGCCAAUUAAGUCGGUUGUUGCUUGUAAUGCAAUGAUUCUUUGUUUUGGUCAGAAUGGGGAGGUCCCAAAAGCAAGACAAGUGUUUGAUGAAAUGAGAGAAAAGGAUGAAGGAACAUGGAGUGCUAUGAUUAAAGUGUAUGAACGGAAAGGCCUUGAGUUAGAUGCACUUGAGUUGUUUCGUAUGAUGCAAAGAGAAGGAAUAAGGCCAAACUUUCCUUCUUUGAUCAGCGUUCUUUCCGUUUGUGCUGGCUUGGCUAAUCUCGAUCAUGGUAGAGAGAUACAUGCCCAGCUUGUGAGAUCCCAAUUUGACCUUGAUGUCUAUGUUGCCUCCGUUCUUCUCUCGAUGUAUAUAAAGUGUGGCAAUCUGGCGAAAGCAAAACAAGUAUUUGAUAGGUUUGCAGUUAAGGAUGUUGUCAUGUGGAACUCGAUUAUCACAGGAUAUGCCCAACAUGGUCUAGGGGAGGAAGCAUUACGAGUUUUCCAUGAUAUGCAUUUUUCAGGUAUCAUGCCAGAUGAUAUCACAUUUGUUGGAGUUCUUUCGGCAUGUAGUUACACUGGCAAUGUGAAAAAGGGCUUAGAAAUUUUCUAUUCCAUGGAAACAAAGUAUCAAGUGGAACAAAAAAUUGAACAUUAUGCCUGCAUGGUUGAUUUGCUUGGUCGAGCUGGUAAACUAAAUGAGGCAAUGGAUCUAAUAGAAAAAAUGCCAAUGGAAGCUGAUGCUAUUAUUUGGGGUGCCUUAUUAGGUGCUUGCAGAACCCACAUGAAAUUGGAUUUGGCUGAAGUUGCAGCCAAAAAGCUUCUAUAUCUUGAGCCUAAAAAUGCAGGGCCUUUCAUUUUGUUGUCAAAUAUUUAUGCAUCUCAAGGUAGAUGGGGUGAUGUUGCUGAGUUGCGGAGAAAUAUGAGGGAUAGGCAUGUGAGCAAGUACCCAGGCUGUAGCUGGAUUGUUGUAGAGAAGAAAGUUCAUAAGUUUACAGGAGGUGAUAGCUCGGGACACCCUGAGCAUUCUGAGAUCAAUAGAAUAUUAGAGUGGUUGUCUGGAUUGCUAAGAGAGGCAGGAUAUUACCCAGAUCAAAGUUUUGUGCUACAUGACGUAGAUGAAGAAGAGAAAGUGCAAAGCUUGGAGUACCAUAGUGAAAAACUUGCUGUGGCAUACGGACUUUUCAAAAUACCUAAAGGUAUGCCGAUUCGUGUAAUGAAGAAUCUCCGUGUUUGUGGGGAUUGCCACGCUGCAAUUAAACUAAUUGCAAAGGUUACAGGAAGAGAGAUCAUCUUGAGAGAUGCCAAUCGCUUCCAUCAUUUUAAGGAUGGCUCAUGCUCUUGCCAGGAUUAUUGGUGAUCUCCAAUAUGUUUCAUUGUAUUGAGCUAGAAUUAAUGCAUAUCGACAUUUGCCCACAUGAGGCAAAUGAGUGAUGACCAAUCUCAUUCACCCCUAUGGCCCGGCCCCUAUACAUGUUGAUUUUGCAACUGCAAUCUAUCACGCUGGUGGAAAAAGGGAAAUCUACAAACAUUUUGGAACUACUAGUUGUCUGAUCCAUCAGCCAAGUGCAGCAUUUUGACGAUCAGCUCUACUGUGGAAUCUUGAAAAUUUGUUAUGACGAGUAGCCUGGUCACAAGGCUUGCUUAUCUUAAACAAAUUUAAGAAUUUGACUUUACGGAGAAAGUUUACUUAAGGGCGCCACUAAUUCGCAAGACAAAAUCCCUUUCAAUACGUAUCAACAUGGCUUACUUAAAACCUCCCACAGUUACGAGGCUCUUAGUUGUAAAGAAUUGUUUUUAAAAUUCUUUUGCACAUUCCUUCCACCUAUGUAAAAUCCCAAAUUAAUGAUAAUUUAAUUUUAGUUAUGUUAA